GUCGAUUUCUUGAGUAUAGAAGAGUCCGGUUGACGAAAGGAUGGAAAGCUUGAAGAUAAAUAAGACAGAGGUGAGAGUUGAAGUGCAGUGUGCUGGUGAAUUCAGAGUCAGCUACCUCGCCAUCCUUUUAUACGACCUGUGGCAGUCGUGCAGCUGAGAACCCUGCCCGUCUCUCUCUCUCUCUCUCUUGAAGCCUCCAAUCAUACGCACGCCUCGAAGCAAGAGCACAACUGGCCAAUAUACAGCCCUUUCUUCCCUGAUAUCACUCGCAACAUACAAAUUGUCCCCAGUAUGCCACCGCCUCCUCCUCUGUGCCAUUCGCCCCCACUUGCCCACCAUCCCUUGUCAAGGGCUGCCUGUGUAGCAGAAUCUCUCCUCAGCGAACCAGAACCGCCCACACAGCGCACCGAACCGCCUACUCCGAACCCCGACGUCUCUUUUCAUCAAAUGUGGCUCUAAAAUGCAGAGGUGUUUGGUGUGCUGCACUCCCGCCUCUUAUACUGGACCCCACCUCUCUACACUGCAUCCGGAAACCCAUUUUUCGACUGAGCUGCAUAUAAUAAAGCCAAAUAAGGCAACUGUGUGCAAACAGCAAGCCAUUUGUUAAGCCAAGGUGCAUCUGGCGCUCUGCGGUUAGCUAGUUAGAAAUGCUGGAACGUGUCAAUUCUCAGCCUCACCGGUUCCCUGGGAUGAAGUGGCUUUGUCUUGAUACCCGC